AUGCCCUCGAGUGACCGCGAGGCGGAGGCCUCCCGCCUCGUCCCGUCGCCCCCCGACGAUCCCUCAGAGGAAAGCAGCUUUGCCGGCGGCAGACCAUCCGCGCACGAGCCGGCAGACGAGCCGGCAGACGAGGCGGCAGACGCGAUGGAGGACGGCAGCAGUCUGCUGCGCAGCGACGGGGACUCGGCUGGAAGCGCGGGCGGCGGGCGUGGCGGAGGCGCAUCCUCCUCGUCCUCUUCCUCCGCGCUCCCCGCGUCGUCGAGUCGCGCGCGCCGCCCCAUGCAGGUGGAGCGGCACGACGACUUGGAGCCGCGGUCGCGCCUGUCGUCGCUGAUAGACGCGGCGAAGCGCAACCGGCUGUCGUUCGCGGCGGUGGCGGCGGCCGCCGUGGUGCUCCUGGGCUGGAUGCUCUCCGCGCUGCUCGCGGGCCUCCUCUCCCCACCCGCCUCCGACUCUUCAGGCAGCAGAGUGUCGGCGGUAGCAGCGGCGUGGGGAGAGGAGGAGGAGGUGAUGCGCGCGGCGGAUGAGGGCGCGGGGAGCGCGGGGGGGCGGUGUGCGCUGAGCUGGCAGCGGGCGGGGUGGGCACCCCAGGUGCUGCAGAAGAAGCAUGCGGGGCGGCACCCGCUCUUCCCCAACCUGCAGCAGCGCGCCAAGGCGGGCAACUGGGAGUUCAUGCGAUGGCUCGCCAUGGCAGUGUUGGGGGGCGGGCUUUACGCACACUACUCUGUCAUCAACCUUCGUUCUGCCGCCGGCCCUCACCCCACACCCCUCACCCCACACCCCUCGCCCCACACCCCUCGCCCCACACCCCUCGCCCCACACCCCUCGCCCCACGCUCACUCCUUUCACUGCGUGCAGGAGUUCAUGCGAUGGCUCGCCAUGGCAGUGUCAGGGGGAGGCCUGUACGCACACUACUCUGUCAUCAACCUCGGCCUGCCGCCACCGCCCCGCUGCUUCCAGUCCGCACUCACCGCUUUCGGGGACUCCUCUACCCCAUCACUAGUAUCCGGCAGCCCGCACGACUUUGUGGCUCUCGCACGCUCCUCCCUGCUGCCGUCCGGUGCUGACCUGGCAGCCGCCCGAGGGCUCCCGGUGCCACGUGGCAUCGUGCAAGUGGGCCAGAGCACAGCGAGAUCGCUGCUUGUGCCAGGCUGGCUCAAGGUGCUGCUGCGAUCUGCCCUCCGCGCGCCCAGAUUGCCCUCCGCGCGCCCAGAUCUGCCCUCCGCGCGCCCAGAUCUGCCCUCCGCGCGCCCAGAUCUGCCCUCCGCGCGCCCAGAUCUGCCCUCCGCGCGCCCAGAUCUGCUCUCCGCGCGCCUAGAUCUGCCCUCCGCGCGCCCAGAUCUGCCCUCCGCGCGCCCAGAUCUGCCCUCCGCGCGCCCAGAUCAGCCCUCCGCGCGCCCAGAUCUGGCCUCCGCGCGCCCAGAUCUGGCCUCCGCGCGCCCAGAUCUGCCCUCCGCGCGCCCAGAUCUGUCCUCCGCGCGCCCAGAUCUGCCCUCCGCGCGCCCAGAUCUGCCCUCCGCGCGCCCAGAUCUGCCCCUCCCCCAUAGCAUCGCCCUCCUUCUCCUCCACCCAACCCACCCUCCGCUCCUCCCUUCCUCCUCCCAUCCUACCAGCAGCAGCACCAGCAGCGGCACCACCAGCAGCACCCUUCCCUCUUGCCUCCCCCAUAGCAUCGCCCUCCUCAUCCACCGCCCUCCUCCUCCCAUCCUACCUGCAGCAGGGCCAGCAGCAGCACUGGCAACGCGGCUACAACAGGACGUUGCCACUCUUUACGCCCUUAUCAAGGAGUUUGGAACUCUCUCCAUGGAUUCCACUUCUGGCUCAGCUGCUUUCACUCGCCGUGUCUUAGACCUUUCUCGGCGCCUUGCAGCACUCGAUGUGGUGUACCCGGACACCGUCAUCUGCUGCCACCUCCUCGAGGGCCUCACACCUGCCUUCGACGCUCACAAGCUUGCUUACAUGCAGCUUAUCUCCAAGCACCACACCCCUGCCGAAGUCGCUCAGUGGAUUAUCACCACCGAAGCUGAGAUCCUUCGCCACUCUUCCUCCACAGCCGCAGCAGCCCAGUCGCGCAGCAGCCGGGGUGGCCGUGGCGGUGGGCGUGGGGGUGGGCGUGGUGGUGCGCGUGGGGGUGGACGAGGGGGAUCAGUAGGUCGCGGUGGUGCUGGCAGCAGUGGUGCGGGUCGUGGUACGGCAGCUGCCUUUCCUCCCUGUCAGUACCUGCCUCGCUACGGUCCCACUCAGGGACAGCGCUGCGGCCAAACUACCCAUGCCACUGAGACGUGCUUCAAGGCACUCAGUGAUGAGUGGUUUGCCCGUGGCAACACCGGCACCCCUCCUCGCUGGUCCGCCCUCAACCCUCGCCCCACUCCCCUUGAGGUCCGUUCCUCUCCCCUCUAUGAACCUCCCUCCUCCACCCACGCUCACCAGGCCCUCGCCCCUCCCCAGCAGCAGCACCAGCAGCAGCAGCAGCAGCAGCUUGGGAAUCAGCAGCAGGGGUCACAGCAUUGCCUCCCCCCCCCCUCCUUCCCCCCCCCCCCCCUCCCCUUCCUCCCACUAACCCACCCCUCCCCCCCCGCCCUCCUGACUCUGACUGUUCCUGUCGCUCCCUCUCCCACCCCACCAUCCUCCUCCAUCUCAGGCUAG